UUUGUUAUCGGCCAUUGGUCAGUCGCUGCAACAACGCAUUCCUGCGUGCUUUCCACAAAAAAGUGACUGUGUUUCGGAUGUUUUUCUGCCCUCUUGACAAUUAUACCAGCACAUUUUUGCUACACUUCUCCAUGAUGUUACUUUCAUUUUUUUCAAGUUUAACUAAAUUACAUUUUUCUGCCACAUCUUUAAUCAUGGUCAGACGUCGCACAGACUUUAAAUAGUAUGCACUAUGUAGUAUUAAAGCAGUUCGCCUAUGCAGUUUUAUAAGCCAUUUGCGUGGAGGCCUUGAAACAAGAACCUCGAAUAAUAUAAUGUCCAGAGACUCCAGACCCCAUGUCGAUUCGUUCAUGUAUCCGAUGAAUGGCGCUCAUCCAUAUUGUCGUCAGCAAACCAGUACUAGCAAUGCAUAUGACAACGCUCAGGCAUCCCAGAAUUUCGAAAGAUCGAGUAGCGCGCCUAGUUGUGGUAUUUCAUCAGUGAACAGCCUGGAUAAAGCCAUCGAGGACGUAAUCAGUGCUUUCAGAAGUCAUGCAGAGAAGUUCGGAUCGGUUGAUGUCAUUGAAGCCCUUGAAGAAUUUUGGAGACUCAAAGCAGAUGCCCGCAAUUUGUCCGAAAACGAGUAUGCUCCACCUGUAUAUGACAACGAUAUUGACUGCAAUUACUUCCUUGGAGUUCCUGACAAAAAUGGGCAUACAUACAACAUCAGAGUCCCGGAUUCGGAAAGCCUCAUUCGGUAUGAAUACGGGUGCGAUGCCGAUGUCGAUAGAAAUUCUUUGCACGAAAAGGAAUUGACAGACGAUCUACACGAAAAAGAAUCAAAUCAUGGAGAAGUACCAUGGGCAUGUUAUGUCUUUCUCCCUGGAGGGAGCUGCUUCGCCUCCCGCGGAAAUUGUUAUAGCCGAUCGGAAGCUCAACACAGUGCUGCCAAAAUCGCUCUAAUGAAUUCCAUCUUCAACGAACAUCCUUCUAGGCGCAUUACUUUGGAAUAUGUCGAGCAAAUGUUAACAACCAAAGCCGUAACUGGAAGGAUGGACAGUGUUAAUCUGAGGAGGGGAUGUCAGCUCUCCCUGGAAUUCAUGGUGGGCAAAACCUUCAUGGAGUAUUUGGAUUUCUGCACGGUUUUGCGGCUCAUCUGCUGGGCUGGUUCUCUGUCCGAAUUCUUCGGUGAAGAAUGUAGCACAAGCAAAAUUUUUCUGUAUUGUUAUGAAGUGGUCAUCGACGCCGAAUUUCGAUGGAGAUUGGCCUUGCAGCUUGUGGAAAAAGAACGUCAGGAAUCCGGAUUUUUGGUUGAUUCCAUAAGUUCUGCGAAAGAUGAGAUUAGAGCCUCUAGGUGCGCCGGGAAAGAAUUGCGUUUUCCCCUAGAAAAAGUUAGCAUUGGAUCUCUGGCACUGCAGCAGCUCCGUUGUGGUAAUAUCACAUAGAAAAUUGCUUACUUAAAGAGUUAAAGAACGUGCCGAAUAUGAUGAUCUUGGAAGUUUAGCUAAGAAGUUGUUUGGUUUUUGUAUCAUUACUAAAAUGUUAAUACUGAUAUCUGAUCAGAUAAUAAUAUUUGGUACCUUCUAAUGGAAGAACAUUAAAAUGUUCAUGUUACAUUUUAUUGUUUCAGUUUUAUUUAGUGACAGAAAAUAAAUCAGCUG